GAUUAUUUUAAAGAGAAAAAAGGUAGUACUGAAACCUUUCUGCCGUGUCUGAGAGGCUCUCUGUGUUUGUAUGUAGACGACGGGUUGCAGUUUAAACGAUGAUCUGUCAAAAUCUUGUAGCCCACUUUCUUAUCCCCUGACCAACAUUUUAACCGAGUGCGGUAUGGCUUUAACUCCACGCAUCAUUGAGUUUUGUCGUGAUUAGAUUGCAGCCUAGCUCCAUCUGUAUGCGGUAUCGGAUAUCUGUAUCAGAGAACACAGCCUAUCCAUCGUUCAGAGGUGAGUGUCUUCAGCACCUCCUCGGCGGCGCUCAUGUGCGCCCUUUCACAUCUCCACGCUCUCCUGCUGGGUCAGUCACUGCGCGCACCACAUCAGGAGCGCAUCGCAGCCAAGUGCAGAGCCAAGCGAGUCGACCUUUUCUGUCAGUUUCUUCUCGCGUGUCGUGGUGAAUGCAUCAUGGGAUUUUCACUUCGAUGCUGGUGAGAAAAACUUGAGGAAUAGCAGAAGAUGAAGAUGGCCAAAAGACAAAUGCUUCAUCAGGUUGCCAACUGUUACAUUACAGAAAUACUAUCCAUCCUCCUGGCUCAGGGGGUGAAUAUUUAUUGAUACAGAGGCUAUAUUUUUAUUGAUUUUGCUGCCUGUUAACCAAAGGAAAAAAAGAGGAACAGCAGUGUCUACCUUGUUCUGCUUCCAUGUGCACCGGCAGUGACAAGCACUUCAAUCUGACUGUGGUGUGAUGUCAUAAUCCAUGAGAGACGGAGAGAAACAGUGAGGCAUCAUGGACUCCUGGAUCUUCCCAUCAUUCCCUCCAAAUCUGUCGGAGCACCUCAUGUACGACAGCUAUAUUCAGGGCAAUGAGUCUGACCUCCAUGGGAACUACACAGACCACACCUUCAACCAAACAAGCACAGUGGUCAUCACCUGUUUGUACUUUCUUGUUUGUGCUGUUGGGCUCUGUGGAAACACUCUGGUCAUCUACGUCAUCCUGCGUUACGCCAAGAUGAAGACGGUCACUAACAUCUACAUCCUCAACUUGGCCGUGGCUGAUGUGCUCUUCAUGCUGGGUCUACCAUUCAUUGCCAUCCAGUUGGCGCUGGUCCACUGGCCGUUUGGUCCAGUGCUCUGCAGGGUGGUGAUGACUGUCGACUCCCUAAACCAGUUCACAUCCAUCUUCUGCCUGAUGGUAAUGAGCAUAGACCGCUAUCUGGCUGUGGUGCAUCCCAUUAAGUCCACCAAAUGGCGCAAGCCUCGCAUGGCAAAGACGAUUAACUUAGCAGUGUGGGGCGUUUCGCUGAUGGUCAACCUUCCCAUUGUAAUCUACAGCGGCAUCAUCACAAAGCACGAUGGCUGCUUCUGCACCAUCGUUUGGCCUGAGCCUCAGGAGGCCUACUACACAGCCUUCAUGUUCUACACCUUCAUCCUGGGUUUCUUCCUGCCUCUCAUGGUUAUCUGCCUCUGCUACCUCUUCAUCAUCAUCAAGGUGAAGUCCUCGGGCAUCCGUGUAGGCUCCUCCAAAAGGAAGCGCUCAGAGCGAAAAGUAACCCGUAUGGUGUCCAUUGUGGUGGCUGUGUUUGUCUUUUGCUGGCUGCCCUUUUACGUCUUCAACGUCACUUCGGUAACGGGAACCAUCAGCACCACGCCCAUCCUCAGGAGCACCUUUGCUUUUGUGGUAGUUCUAGGGUACGCCAACAGCUGUGCCAACCCCAUCCUCUACGCCUUCCUGUCGGAGAACUUCAAGAAGAGUUUCCAGAAUGUUCUAUGUCUUAAGAAAGUGGGCGGGCUGGAUGAGGUGGAGCGCAGUGAUAGCCGGCAGGAUAAGUCUCGGAUGAUAAAUGACCCUACAGAGACUCAGAGCACUCUGCUGAAUGGAGACCUGCAGACCAGCAUCUGAGAGGGCGAUGAAAGGAGUCGCAAACAGAUCUCUCUGACACCAGGGGCAAAUCCAAAGGGGUGGCUAGGGGUGGCAUGGGCACCCCUUGAAAUCUGAUUGGCCAUCUCAGGUGCCACAAAAUCCUAAGCGGGCCAUAAUGGCUUGUCAAAGGCACGACUGAUGUCAUACUAUGUGCUUUCUUUGCAUUUCAGUAAAGCACAUUUCCUCAUGUUUGUCCUCUGAACUGUGACUUUGACACAAAUCUUCUUUUGAAGUUGUUAAAGAAUUCGACUAAGAUUUAAAUGUUGCCACUCUGCUGUGCUACGACUUUAAGUCCAAACAUAUACACAGAUAUAUAACAUCUUUCAGAUACUUCUAUGUAAGCUGUCAUAGUAGAUAUGAUAUGUGGAGAUAGAAAGGCUAAAAUAAUGAUGUAAAGUUCGUAUGUGCACACAGGUAUCACGCCACCCCUGCAUCAGUUCAGCCACCCCAGACAAAAAAAACUGAGGACACAUCCCUGUGUGAUAGUAAAAGCAGCCAGCUCGUAUCAGCUUCUUAGAGGCUGCGUGACAGAGGGAGAGGAUGUGGUUGUCCCUCAUCCAGUGGACAAAAACCAGCAGAUAGGAAACAUAGAAUGUGGGAAUGGACCUUCCUUCUCAUAGGUUUGUUGUUCACAAACCCAAAAAAACAUAACCAGUGGCUCAAACUUUGGGCUAUAUGCUGUAAAUACAGGAGGAAUCUGUUUGACUGUUUGCUCUGUGUAUUCACUCCAGGGUGACGUAGAGCAGACACUAACACCCACCAGCAAAUGGUCCCCUUGGUGACAUGAAUCCCUCCCUGGAGAGCCUAGAUUAUAGGCAUAGUUUACAGCAGAGGGCGUGUGCCAAGUUCCCUCAGACUUAUUGUGUAAAAUAUCAACUCAGAAUGGGAUCACAUGCUGUGUAACAACAUUUUAUUAUUCCUCUGUUAUCCCUUUUGUCUUGUACGCAGGCUAUUUUCACUGGAGAGAGGUUUGCCUGUAAAUAACCGACAGUCUGUUUUGUAUUUAAUGUCAUUUCAUCUGGAAACACUCAUUCUUGUGAAUAUUUAAUGAUUUUUCCAACACAGAAUCUGUCCAGCCAAUGCCAUUAGUUUUUGUGUUCUGUGGUACAACAGUCUGAUUAAAUGUGCAACCACUUUUACAUGCAAUAGAAUUGCUUCAGAUGUGAAUAACAGUGUUAAAUCAGCAUCCUGAGUUCAAUAAAGCCACAUGCAUAAUUUACAUUAGAUUAGACAGUACUGGCUCUAUGAAUAAGCCAGCCCGGCUUUUAACCAAAGUGCUGCUAUAAUGUAUUGACCCUAUAUUAUGGUGUAAAGUAGUGUCUCUGUAUGGAAUGGUUCUUUGUCAUGGCUUGGGUUAUGAUUACUCAUGCAUAACAUGUGAUAGUGUUGCUGUUAUCGUUUGCAGUUGUUACCGUUGCCGCUUUCGUAAAAAUACCAGACUGCAUGGAUCUAAAUUAUUAACAAUGAAUGGUGAGAUGUGGCCCAGCUUCAUGUUUUUUCAUGGCAUCUGAGAGCAUAUCAAACAGCUCAGAUAGCAUUUGGUGAAUGUUUUUUUUAGUACCAUGUCCCUCCCUCCUAGCUCACAGGUCCCAGGCAACCUGCUGACUGACCUAUUUGGGCAGAAUCAUAAGAAGUACAUGGGUCAUAUCCCAAAAUUAGCUUUAUAUGAUUGAUAUAAGCACAUUUUCUUUCAUGGAUUAGUUCAGUCUACCAUUAUUUCUCCUCUUUUUUUAUACUGCAGAUAACACGGAUCUGUUACUGUCUGAGUCUUUCCACUUGUGUUUCUUCUAUUCUUCUAUUUCUCUCACAAGGGGCUUAGCUAUUCCCAUGCUGCCCCACAUUGCAAGCAAUGUUUUGAACACUUUGUAUGCUGCUGCCAGCCUAUCCUCUUCUUAUGAUCUGUGGCAUGUAUAGGAGGCCACAUCUCAAGUGUGUCUGCGGGUGUCUCAGUGACGUGAAUUUGUGAAGGGCUAGAACACUUUUCCUCGAGAGGCUUCAGUGUUCCUUUAUCGUCACCAUCCUGCUGCUCCCGGAGUCCAACCUGUGACUCCCUGUCUGUCGUUUGUAGUUUGAUUACUAUCUUUGUCAAACCUUUACGUGUGCAGGCUCCCUCAUACGCACCAAAGCCUGUGACAGAGUAUGAUUUAUGUGCAAUGAAUUCAGAGGCUGCUGCAUUGAUCUAAAUGUCCCAGCUGGACAGUUUGAGGGAAAAAAUGUUGUUACUGAUUUUAAUAUGUAUAUAUAUUGAACUUAACACACACAAAACAUUCCAGCACCUUAAUUUGACUAUGUGCAUGAACUCCCUCAUGUGUGUCAGAUUUGAUAAACAGAAGUGCAUUGUAGACUCCUAGACAUGACUUAUCGGAUUCCACCUCCAAUCCCUCUCCCUGCAGUAUUGUGGAAUUUGUAACGUGGUCUUAUUACCGCUAGAAGAUACGACACACCUUUUGUGUCUUACAUUUCCAUAGCAACAGUGACUGAGCCUUUUGGUCCCAUGGUUACAUUCAUUAGCAUAAUAAUAAUAACGGAGGGAUGACUCUGGACACGGAUAAUGAAUGCAGACAUUGCUCAGAUGACUGAAGAAAAAUAACACACAAAAAGGGUGCAUUAACACCCCCACCCACCGAGCUGUGAAAACAUCCGUUAUAUAAAACCUAGUUUACGUGUACACAUGGUUUGUGUUCAAAUUGUUCAGUAAUAUAUGUAGUACAAAACUACUUGCUUAACGUAUGAAUAUUCAUUAUUUUGUAAGUUAUCAUUCUACUGUUGUAGAGUUCUUAUGUACUUGACUUUUUACAACACUGCUGACAGUUUUCAUUUUCAGCUUUUAUUUUGAAAGGUUGCAUUUUUCAAGACUGUACAGCAGAUUUUCUGUUUGUUCCAUUUGUGUUAAAAACAUCACCAGGGUUGUUAGAGGUUUUACUGUUUCUGAAUAUAUAUUUUUUUGGUGUGUGUAGAAACAUAAAGUUUGAUGGAGCAGACAAAGGCUGUAUAGUAACUGUGUUCAAACUAAAUAAAAGAAGUCAGAAGAGA